UGAAGGAUGGAAGAGAAGCAGUUUGCCGGGAUUCUGAACGGAGCAGUUCCAGGCGAGCCAGUGAAGAGGGAUGAAAACUCCCGGAGAGGGAACUGGGGCAACCAGAUUGAGUUUGUCCUCACCAGUGUGGGCUAUGCUGUGGGCCUGGGGAACGUCUGGAGGUUUCCCUACCUCUGCUACAGAAAUGGAGGAGGUGCCUUCAUGUUACCGUACUUCAUCAUGCUGGUGUUCUGCGGCAUCCCUCUCUUCUUCCUCGAGCUGUCCUUCGGUCAGUUCGCCAGCCAGGGCUGUCUGGGAGUCUGGAAGAUCAGCCCUAUGUUCAAAGGUGUGGGCUAUGGCAUGAUGGUGGUGUCCACCUACAUUGGGAUCUAUUACAACGUGGUCAUCUGCAUUGCCUUUUACUACUUUUUUAAGUCCAUGACAAAGCUUCUUCCAUGGACCUACUGCACCAACCCCUGGAACACACCGGACUGCAGCGGGGUGGUGGGCGGCAAUCCACUCAACGCUAGUUUGGCUAAUGCUACCACCAGCCUGGUGGCUGGAGUGUCUGAGGUGGUCAACCGCACCAAGAGGACCAGCCCCAGUGAGGAGUACUGGAAACACCAUGUGUUGAACAUCUCUGAUGAUAUUGGGAACUUUGGAGAGGUGCGUCUUCCUCUCCUGGGCUGCCUGGCUGUGUCCUGGGUUGUUGUCUUCCUCUGUCUCAUCAGGGGCGUUAAAUCCUCUGGAAAGGUGGUCUACUUCACAGCCACUUUCCCCUACCUGGUUCUGACCAUCCUGUUCAUCCGUGGCAUCACCCUGGAUGGAGCCAUCAACGGCAUCAAGUACUACCUGACUCCACAGUGGCAGAAGGUCCUCGAUGCAAAGGUGUGGGGAGAUGCAGCAUCUCAGAUCUUCUACUCUCUGGGCUGUGCAUGGGGGGGUCUCAUCACCAUGGCUUCCUAUAACAAGUUCCACAACAACUGUUUCAGAGACAGCAUCAUCAUCAGUGUGACCAACUGUGCGACCAGCGUGUAUGCCGGCUUCGUCAUUUUCUCCAUCCUGGGCUUCAUGGCCCACAACCUGAACGUCCCCGUGUCGGAGGUGGCCGACCACGGCCCGGGCCUGGCCUUUGUGGCCUACCCAGAAGCCCUCACUCUGCUGCCCAUCUCCCCUCUGUGGUCACUGCUCUUCUUCUUCAUGCUCAUCCUGCUGGGACUGGGGACUCAGUUCUGUCUGCUGGAGACUCUGGUGACGGCCAUCGUUGAUGAGAUCGGUACAGACUGGAUCAUCAGGAACAAGACGGUCGUCACGCUGUCAGUGGCCAUCGUUGGAUUCUUACUGGGAGUCCCACUAACCACACAGGCAGGAAUCUACUGGUUGCUGCUGAUGGACAACUACGCUGCUAGUUUCUCUUUGGUCAUCAUCUCCUGCAUCAUGUGCAUCUGCGUCAUGUAUGUUUAUGGCCACAGGAACUACUUUAAAGACGUUGAGAUGAUGCUGGGCUUCCCUCCUCCUCUCUUCUUCAAAGUGUGCUGGAGAUUCAUCUCCCCCGUCAUUAUCUCAUUCAUCCUGAUCUUCACAGUGAUCCAGUACAAGCCCAUCACCUACAAUGACUACGUGUAUCCCGGCUGGUCUCUGGCUAUCGGCUUCUCCAUGGCUCUGUCCUCAGUGGUCUGCAUACCCAUCUAUGCCCUCUACAAGAUCUCCAGGUCCCCAGGAGCCACCUUCAGAGAGCGGUUGAAGCACGCUUGCCGGGCACAUCCGAAGUGGGGCCCCGCCCUGCAGGAGCACCGGACAGGCCGCUAUGCCCCCAUGGCCUCCGAAGACACUGUGGAGGCCCGCCCCCUCAAGGAGAAGGAGGAGCUGAAGGAGGAGCUGAAGGAAGAGCUGAAGGAGGAGGAGAAGGAGAGGAAGGAUGACAUCAGCCUCACCAUCCAGGGAAGCAACGGCUCCACCAACACACACAACAACCCCAACCCCAGCGCAUAGACAGCGCCACCAGGGGCCCCACCAUCUCUUCCUCCCUUCUCCUCCCUUCUCCUCCAUCCUCACCCCACUUUCCCACAGUCCUCUGUGGGGGAGAUCCCAUUCGCUGGAGACCUUUACAUAUUGUAAGGGCUUAUUAUAUCUAUCCUAACCUCUUCUAUCUAUCUAUCUAUCUAUCUAUCUAUCUAUCUAUCGAUCUGUGUGUUGUCUCUAGAUAAACGACGAAGAAGAAAAAAAAAACACGAAAGGAAGAAAAAAUUGGGUCAUCAUCCAAAAGAUUUGUGUGUAUGUUAGUGUGUGUGUGUGGGUGGGUUGUUAAUUUGUUACAAAUAAUUUAAUAAUGCAGUUUGUUUUUUCCUUUCAUUUUUUGUAAAACUUGUACAUGUCAUCUUCAUAUGCAGUUAGAGGUACAGUAGAUUGUGACGCUGCAUGUGUUUGUUUUGUGCAUGCAGCAAAAAAUAGAGACACACACUGUUUCUCCUUUAUUCUGUUAGCUGGGUCUGUUGGGGAUUUUUGGGACUUUCUAGCAGCAGUGUUUUUUUGACAGCUGGAGACUUGUGAAGCGAUACACAGUGGUGCUGUUAUAAAGAGGAGCAGGGUGAACUGUGCCUGAACUGGCCAUUUACAGUUUGAUGAUGCUUAAAGAUGGAAAUCGGCUCAAUUCGAUGGCCAGAAAAAGAGGCGUAUACACUCAUUCACACCCAUACACUCACACUAUUGUACAUUUUACAGCACACAGUGACCUCAACCGUAGUUGAUCUCAGCUUAAGACUAAGCCUGUUGUUAUGUUAUGCUGCUUCUUUAAAAAGUUCCACAGAGCACACAUACGUAUUUAACACCACCCGAGAUGGCGACUGACACUUAGGGCUGAUUUUCUGUGGAAGUUUUUCCUCCAUUUGUAACGUUUUCCACUAAAGCUGCUUAAACUUUGAAAAACUCAGCAGAGAAAUAUCAGCGAACUUAAACGGUGCUGUACUCUCUGCCUCCACAUUCACUCACACACACACAUAUACACCCUCAUAAGCAUUUGUUUCUAGUUUUUUGACAGAAGAUAUCCCAGUGCCCAUUUCUCAGGGUCUAAGUUUGGUUUCUUGUUGUUCCUUGCCUGUGGAAACCUUGUCUCGAUAAGACGAUAAGAUGGCCUGUAAAGGGAUAGUUUGGCUUUUUUGAAAUGUGGUUGUAUAACCGGCAUGGAAACUAAACAAUGUACUGCUGUAAACAGGGGCAGCAGCAAAAUGUACUUUAACCACCUAAAAAAUGGAAUAUCAGUUUAAGUGUCUGCUUUAUUUCAAAUAUUUUCACUGCUUUACAUUGACGACUAUUACAUCCAUCUAUCCUUCAAAGCCACCAAUUCCUUUGAUAAAAUCAGUGAUUUUGCCCAUAUAAAGAUGGACAACUUGUCCCCACUUCCUCCUGCUGGGAAAAAAAAUGAAGCCAAAACGUCCAGGAUAUGGGCGCUGCCAUUUUGAAACCAGAGUCUGAACAGUAGGUGUAGGUCCAUACAUCCUCCUCACCAAUUGUGAGUCAGUCAAGAAUGAUGUCUAACCCCUUUUUCAUGGCCUUCAAUAUCAAAUUAAAACCCAACUUAAAA